AUGAGGCUCCCUUGGUCAAAAGCCCCAGAGGUGGACAAGCCGUCAGACUCGGGUGUCCAAGAGAGCGAUCCCAGCACUUCAUCGGAACAGCCACUCUCAACAGAGAUCCUAGACCCCGAGAAGAGGUCACUUCCUGCUGAUUCUAACGGCGCAGAGGCUGCUUCACAUGAACCACCGUCAAACCCGGUUACCGCGUCUGAGGAAGAAGUUCCCGAUUCAGCGCCGCCUGAUGAAAAGUCUGUGUUACACACAAAAGAAGAACUAUCCAGGAGAGAUUCAACAGCAACCUCAGAUGCAGGCGAACCCGGAGAAGAUGAUGAGUCCAAGUAUGCCAAGGGUUUACCGUUACACCUUUUGACGUUCGGCCUGACUCUAUCCACCUUCGUCAUUGCUCUCGACAACACCAUCAUCGCAACCGCCAUUCCCAGGAUAACCACAGUCUUCAACUCCCUGGAUGAUGUAGGCUGGUAUGGAUCGUCGUAUCUGCUCACGACCACCUCGCUGCAGCCGUCUUUCGGCAAGAUAUAUACCUAUUUCAACGUCAAGUGGACCUACAUGCUUGCGCUGUUCAUCUUCGAAGUCGGCUCUGUACUGUGCGGUGCGGCAAGAAACUCGACUAUGCUGAUCGUGGGCCGUGCCGUCGCUGGAGUUGGCGCUGCUGCAAUUUUCUCCGGUGGCAUGACGAUUGUUGCAUAUUCUGUACCCCUGCGGAAGAGGCCGCUCUAUAUUGGUCUGUUGAGCUCCAUGUUCGGCAUUGCAUCCGUUGUUGGGCCAAUUCUGGGAGGAGCCUUCACUGACCGCGUAUCGUGGCGCUGGUGCUUCUACAUCAACCUCCCCAUUGGCGCGAUCGCCAUCACUGCCGUGUUUUUCUUUUUCAAAAACCCUGAGCGCAGACACAGCAACAUGACCUCGAGGCAGAAGAUUGGCCAGAUCGACCUUAUCGGCGCGUUCUUCCUGAUUUGCGCCAUCGUCUGCCUCUUGCUGGCGCUGCAAUGGGGCGGCACCACGUACGCGUGGUCCAACUCAAAAGUCUGGGGCUGCAUCCUGGGGUUUGGCCUAUUGAUAAUCGUCUUCACCGGCAUCCAGUUGUGGAAGGGCGACCUGGCCACUCUCCCGCCGCGGAUCCUGCUCAGGCAACGCACCGUGUUCGUGUGCGCCUUCUUUUCGGCCUUUCUCGCCAUGGCGCUGUAUAGCCACAUUUUUUUCUUACCGUUUUAUUACCAAGCUAUAAAGUCCACCUCCGCGGAACAAUCAGGGAUCCGCACGAUCCCUUACCUGGUCAGCAUCACCAUCUCAUCCAUUGUAGUGGGUGGCAGCAUCACCACUCUGGGGCCGUACGUCCCCUUCACGUGGUUCGGAUCAGCCAUCUUCACGGUCGGGUCCGGUAUGCUGUACACCCUGAAGGUGCACUCGCCGGCGGGGACGUGGAUCGGGUACCAGAUCCUGGCUGGGGCCGGGGCGGGAGCGUGCGUGCAGAUCCCCUUCAUCGCGGUGCAGGUGGUGCUGAAGAAGAAGGACAUGCCGGUCGGCAACGCCGUGGCCAUCUUUUUCAACUCGCUGGGGGGUGCCAUCUCCAUCUCCAUCGCCCAGAACAUCUUCUCCAACACCCUGGUCCAGGAGAUCCCAAAGUACACCCACGGCGUCGACCCGCAGACCAUCAUCAUGGCCGGCGCCACCCACAUCCGCGAGGUCACUCCGCCGGCCCAGCUUGCUGGCGUGCUGUUCGCGUACAAUAUCGCCGUGACGCACGUGUUUAUCCUGUCCAUUGCGUGUGCAGGCAUCGCGUUUGUGUUUUCGCUGGGCUUUGAAUGGAAGAGCGUGAAGGGGAAGAAGAUUGAGAUGGGCGGGGCCGCAUAG